AUGUCGAUCAGCCUCAAGAAUGCCGGUGCCACCUACAUGAGAGCCAUGACGACCGUUUUUCAUGACAUGAUUCAUAUGUCGAUUGAAAUGUAUGUGGAUGAUGUCAUAAUCAAGUCCCGCAGGAGUUCGGACCACUUGACACAUUUCAGGAAAUUCUUUGAUCGCCUGCGUCGUUACAACUUGAAGUUAAAUCUUGCCAAAUGCGCUUUUGGAGUUCGGGCUGGGAAGUUUUUGGGAUUUAUAGUCAGCAGAAGGGGUAUUGAGCUCGACCCUUCUAAGAUUAAAGCCAUUCAAGAGUUACGUCCGCCAAAGACGAGAAAAGAGGUGAUGAGGUUCUUAGGGAGGUUAAACUACAUAAGUCGAUUUAUAGCUCAAUCAAACUUGGUGUGUGAGCAUAUUUUCAAGCUGCUGAAGAAAGACGCCCCGACAAAGUGGACUGAAGAGUGUCAGACUGCUUUUGAUGCUAUCAAAAACUAUUUGUCCAAUCUACCAGUAUUGGUUCCUCCGCGAGAAGGAAUUCCUUUAUUGUUGUACUUGAUUGUCUCAGAUAGUACACUCGGAUGCGUACUUGGUCAACAUGACGAGACAUGGCAAGAAGUUUACUCCAUACGAAUCUCGUUACACUUUAUUGGAGAGAACGAGUUGUGCAUUGACACGGCUUCCGUAAAAGUUGAGAUAUUAUUUGUCUUUGUAUACUCUAUAUCUCAUUUCCUGAAUGGAUCUAUUGAAAAGGCAAUAAAGGCACAUGCUUUCGCUGAUCAUCUUGCAGAAAAUCCUGUUGAUGAAAAGUAUGAACCACUUAAGACUUAUUUUCAUGAUGAAGAAGUGUCAUUUGUGGGUGAGGAUAUUUCUGAAGCGUAUCCAGGGUUGAGAUUAUUCUUUGAUGGAGCGGCGAAUCGUGAAGGAAAAGCUUGGGGCAUAGAUGUCAUAGUCCCGAUAGAGACAACCGCUUCUAAUGGACACAGAUUAAUUUUGGUUUCCAUUUAUUACUUCACCAAGUGGGUGGAAGCAGCUUCAUACAAGUGGGUAACCAAGAAAGUUGUAGCUGAUUUUGUUCGCAACUAUUUGAUAUGCAGGUUUGGAGUACCAGAAUUCAUUAUUACUGACAAUGGCGCAAAUCUCAACUGUCAAUUGAUGAGAGAUAUAUGUGAGAAAUUGAAGAUCACUCACCGAAAUUCAACCGUUUAUCGUCCCCAAAUGAACGAAGCUAUAGAGGCGGCCAAUAAGAAUAUCAAAAAGAUUUUGAGGAAAAUGAUUCACAAGCAUCGAGUUGGCAUGAGAGGUUACCAUAUGCUUUAUUGGGAUACCACAUGA